UCGCAGGAUGGGCGUACGAGGUGUAAAUGCUGGAUAAGGAUGAGUUUCUGUUAUAAACCCGCAGAUUUGGGGUUCUAGGGCGACUUUACUUUCCUUGAUACAUUUCCGUACGGGAAAGUCGUGGAUGUGGCUGGUUGCUUUAAUUCUUUUCUAGGAAAAACAAACCCCCAAAUAAUUUUUUUUAAAGCAAAACAAAAAUGCAAAACAAACAAACGCCAAAAAAAAAAAUCCCAAAAAACACCACAAAACCAAACAACCAACAAGUCUCCUUCCCCCCCACCCUCUUCUCCUUCCCACCCAAAAAAAAAAACCAACCCACUGGUUGAAGCUCUGGUAAUGUGCUUUCUUCAUAUGUGUUUAUUUUUCUGUGUCUUAUUUUUCAGAGUUAGGAGGGGAAAAAGACAAAAUGUGCUACAUUUAAUGCCUGAUUUUAGCUUCCCCACUGCUUGCCUUCUAUAAAAGGUGGUAUCUCACAGCUGGAAAUUCACAGAAUCCUCCUAUCAUAAAAAUGUAGGAAGACAUGGCCAGACGAGUUACCUAAGUCCCUAGUGCAUAUAAAAGUGAAGACCAAGCUGGACAGAAAGAGGACAGGAUAAAUGGUGAGCUGUUAAAUCUGAAUUCCACCCUGUUGCUGCUGCCAGUGCGUCAGAGAGGCUCAUCCCGUGGUGCCUGACAGAAGGACUGCAGGAAAUGAACAAAAAUGCAUUAUUUGGAGGAAUUCUUGUGUUCCAGUGCUGCCUUCUUUUGUGUGAUCCAUAUGAAGGUGUAUAGAGCAAAAGGCCUUUUAAUGCCUCAGAACUGAAAGUGAGCUCCUACGCUGUUGUGGACUGUGAUCAAGCCAGAAAGGAAGUCAGUGUCCGCACUGGAGGAGUGACAGAUAAGUCAUCAAGAAAGACUUACACAUUUGAUAUGGUUUUUGGAGCCCAGGCAAAGCAGAUUGAUGUAUACCGGAGUGUCGUGUGUCCCAUUUUGGAUGAAGUCAUUAUGGGCUACAACUGCACGGUGUUUGCUUAUGGCCAAACUGGUACUGGUAAGACCUUCACAAUGGAAGGGGAGCGGUCACCCAAUGAAGAAUAUACUUGGGAAGAGGAUCCACUAGCAGGUAUCAUACCCCGUACAUUGCAUCAAAUAUUUGAAAAGCUCACAGAGAAUGGAACUGAAUUUUCAGUGAAAGUCUCUCUUUUGGAAAUCUAUAAUGAGGAGCUUUUUGAUCUUCUGAAUCCUACUCCUGAUGUUGGAGAAAGACUGCAGAUGUUUGAUGAUCCUCGAAAUAAGAGGGGUGUAAUUAUUAAAGGCUUGGAGGAAGUAACUGUACACAACAAAAAUCAAGUUUACCAAAUCCUGGAAAGGGGUGCAGCCAAAAGAACAACCGCAGCUACUUACAUGAACGCAUAUUCCAGCCGUUCCCACUCUGUGUUUUCAAUCACCAUCCAUAUGAAAGAAACAACAGUAGAUGGAGAAGAACUUGUUAAAAUUGGAAAGCUAAACUUGGUUGAUCUUGCAGGAAGUGAAAACAUUGGUCGAUCUGGGGCUGUUGACAAAAGAGCUCGUGAAGCUGGAAAUAUCAACCAAUCUCUGCUGACACUUGGAAGAGUUAUUACUGCUCUAGUGGAAAGAACCCCUCAUAUUCCAUACAGGGAAUCUAAACUCACAAGAAUCCUUCAAGACUCUCUUGGAGGACGGACAAAAACAUCAAUAAUUGCCACAAUUUCACCUGCAUCUGUAAAUCUUGAGGAAACAUUGAGUACGCUGGAAUAUGCCCAUAGAGCAAAGAACAUCAUGAACAAGCCUGAAGUUAAUCAGAAGCUAACCAAGAAAGCUCUUAUUAAGGAAUACACUGAAGAGAUUGAGCGUCUGAAGCGAGACCUUGCUGCUGCUCGAGAGAAAAAUGGAGUCUAUAUCUCUGCUGAAAACUAUGAAGCCCUUAAUGGAAAGCUAACAGUCCAGGAAGAAAAAAUUGCAGAGUAUAUUGACAAAAUCAGUGUCAUGGAGGAAGAAGUGAAAAGGGUCACUGAACUAUUCAGAGUCAGUAAAAAUGAACUUGAACAGUGUAAAACAGAUUUGCAGAUCAAGGAGAAAGAACUGGAAGAAACACAGAAAGAUCUGCAAGAAACCAAAGUUCAGCUGGCUGAAGAAGAAUAUGUGGUUUCAGUUUUGGAAAAUACUGAACAAGAGCUUCAUGACACAGCUAGCCAGUUACUAACUACAGUUGAAGAAACGACAAGAGAUGUGUCUGGGCUCCAUGCGAAACUGGACCGUAAGAGGGCUGUUGAUCAGCACAAUGCUGCUGUCCAAAAUACCUUUGCAGGACAAAUGAAUGCUUCAUUCAGCAAAAUACAAGAUUCAAUUACUGAAAACAGUUUGAAGCAGCAACAGAUGUUGACAUAUUACACAAAUCUUAUAGGUGACCUCCUGUCUACCAGUUCUUCUACGGCGGAUAUUCUUGCAUCAGUUGUAUCAGCAUCUUUUGCCUCUCUUAAAGAAUUGGUGUCUACUGAAGUUUCUCACAUAUCUGAAAAAAUAACACAGCAUGAGAAUCUAUCACUUGAUUGUAAAGCAGAGCUGCUGAGAUUAAUUGAAGAACAUCAGACUGGAUUAGGAAAAGCAGUAAAUAGCUUGACACCAAUGGUAGAAUUUGUCUUGGGGUUAAAUUUUCAGUUCCAGAGUAACAUGAAGAAAUAUUCUGCUGUGGCUGAUCAGAUGGAGGACCAUAAAAAGGAAAUGGAUACCUUCUUUGCAGAUCUUUCUCUCACACUGAAAAAAAUACAGGAACAAACAGCCGGUGGCUUUGCUCAGCUCCAGCAUAAUUGUGACAGCUUAAAAGAAGAAGUGGAAAUGAUGAGGUUGGCACAUAGAAAGAGUGCAGCUGAAUUGAUGUCUUCACUGCAAAGCCAGCUUGACCUGUUUGCUCAGGAGACUCAGAGGAGCCUAACUGAUGUACUCACAAGAAAUGGAAGCCUGAAGACCACCAUCACUGCUAUGCAAGAAAAUGUUCACCUGACAACUACAGACUUAGUCGGCAGUACAAAUUCCAAUCACAGCAAAUUUACUGCCUAUCUGGAUCAUUUCUCUCAAGAGCUCAGGAGCAUAAAUGCUGAAAACAAGGCAAUGCUGGAAGAAUCCAAUGACCACUGCCAACAUCUUCUCGCCAAUCUCAAAAAUGUGGCUCAGGAUACCAAUACAUGGGGUGAAUUUACAACUGCUCAGAUGGUCAACUUUACUAAUCAGCACCUGUUGUCAUUAAAGGAUGAGAAACAGCAAUUUCAGUAUUUACAAAAGAAAAAUGAAGAAAAUUGUGAUAAAGCAAUAGCUGAAAUUGCUGACCACAUUGGCAUCCAAAAGGUUGCUGAGGAGGAGGUGCUAAAUGGCCUUCUGGAUCAGAUAAAGGUGGAUCAGGAGAUACUUGUGGAGCAGAACCUGGCACUUAAGGAAAAAGUGCAGCAUGGACUAACUCAGGUUAAUGGUUUCCUGCAAGAGGAUCUCAAAGUGGAUGUUCCAACAGGGACAACUCCACAGAGAAAAGACUACUCCUAUCCUGUCACCCUUGUGAGAACAGAGCCCCGGCAGCUGCUUCUGGAGCAACUGAGGCAAAGGCAACCAAAUCUUGAUGCUAUGCUAAGCAGUGUGGGAAAGGAGAUGGAGGAUAGUGCAGGUCAGGACCUGCUGGAAGAAGGAGUGUUGCAAGAACCCAGUGAAGGCCUUGCUUGUGACAAAUACUCAAUGGAUACAAAUGUAUAUUGUCACACAAAUGGUGGCAUUCCUUUUUUCCAGCACAAAAGAAGUCUCAAAAAGGGUAAAGAGAACAAAUCUGCAGCUCCAGUGGAGAACAAAAUGGAGGAUAUGACAGAAGAGUUUCUUCAGAAAUCUAAGCAUCCUUUAAGAUUGCUGAACUAAGAUAUAUCCUCUGCAGAUCGCUGUUUUUAGAUAUUUCUUACUGUCUUACUGAGCCACAAUUUUUUUGGGUAUUCUUAGUGUCUAUGUAGUGAUACAGUGAUGCAAAGCUGAAUCAAAAGAUUUACCUGCUCAGUCUCAUGCCUUGGUUCCAUUUUUAUAUGUUGCAGCUUGCGAAGUUUUGAGGAAAAAAACCCCUGCAGAUUACGGUGCUGUUAUGUUAAAUAUAUAUAUAUAUAUAUGUGGUCAAGUAAGAAAUUAUCUGUUUCUCAGUAGAUCUAAAGUACCAGAAAGGGAUGUGGAAAUAUGCUUUGCCAGCAUUAUGAGUUAGCAUCUUAUGUAUUAAUCAGCUGUAAAUAAGUGGCCUGGUUUUAUACCUGCUUUUUAUUCCAAUUUCUAUUUUGUUUACUGUGAUACUUCAAAUAAAUUAAUAAAUGGAAAACAAAUGUACAAGCACUUUGCUCAGAAUAAAACUUACCUAAUUUUCUUAUGGUGCCAGGUCUAAUUUAGCUAAAACAUUAUCAGCUAUGUCAUCAGUCUUGUGCUGUCAGGAGAGGAUGGUUCUCUCCCUUGUUUCACAAAAGACAAUAGUUUUACUUCAGUGCCUCUUCAUUCUGUGAAGUCUUACUGCUGGGUCUUGGGCUUUUUGUUUGUUUAAACCCCACUGUUCUUCCUCUUAACUUGCAGAUGCAAAUUCUGGCACCUAAAACUUAAUGGGUUAAUUCUCCAGUCUCUAGGUUCCAUUUUCUUGCACUAUAUACCUGUUAACAUUCCACAAUGGUUCAAGAAAUCCUUUAUUAACUAAAAAAUCAGCCCCAAAGAUUGAUCCCAUAGCUUUGAGUAGCCUAAGCCAAGUGGGAGAGGUUUGCACAAGCCUUUCACCCUACUACCUUUUCCCUGUGGAGCUGUAAGGAUUAGUAUGAACAAACAAACUGGAAUAGCCAGUGAGAGGAGGCUUCCAUCCAUGAAAUCAUGCCAUAUUUUGUGUUCCCUGUCUUGAUCUUCUUUGAAACUCUCUGCCUUGACUGUUUGGUUCCUGCUGCAUGGGGAUAGCCUGCUUUCCUUAGCAGCUGUUUGAAUUUCAGCUGCUGCUUCACAUUUUCUCUUUUUUUAAAGUAGCCCUCAAAGUUGUGUUGUCCUUUGUUUGCAAUGCUGGCAGUGAUCUGCUGAUCAUUGUUCCGUUGGCCCAGGUAUCUGGUGGCCGCACCAAAGCUGAAUAGGAUGAAAAAUCCGGAUGCAGAGCAUGUCCUGGCCUCCCUGUCCGUGCCUCCUCUCCCACUAGAUGGCCCCAACACUAAAGGUUGGUCUGAGCUCAGGUGCUGGCUGCUAAACAGAACUUGGAAACACAGCUUUUGCCAAGCUUUCCCUCAAGCAUCUGUCAAAAAAAAAAAGUUUCAAAAUCUGAUAUUGAAUUUAUGCUUCCAUAUGGAGAAUUCUUCAGUAGGGGCUUGCUUUAUGAAGAGCUCCAUUUGUGUAAAAGAUGAUCUAGUGCAUGUCUGCAUUACUGCAAACUGUCCUGGUGACCAAAUUCUUGUCCUGGCCUGUUCUCUCUGUUCCCCACCACAUGGCCAUUGCUCAAAGCAGAAAGCAGCAAUAAUUUGCUUUGGUGUAUUGUAUGGUGUAUGAUAAGGAGAAAAGAAGGGUAAGAAAAACAAAGCAAUGCUUGUUUCUUGUGUGUACUCAUUGUAAUCCCAGAUCUUAGCCAAGGGAAGAAAUGGCACUGUCCAGACUAACUUGCUGGUGGUUUGAUUUUGUUCUGUGUAAGGCAUCCUUUACAAGAAGGCUACAAAGCCAUUGCCACAGAAGAAUUUGCCAGGUCACACCCACUCUGGCACAAGCCAGCUGAGCAUGAGGGAGAGUUGCAGUGACUGGGGCUCCAGUGCAUGGCCAUGUUCUAAUUAAUCUAAUGAGUACUGAUUGGAUUCUAGAUUAAUGGUUAAGUGAGACAGCCCUUGAUUUAACAACAGACUUAAAUGCAAUGUGGGGAAGUGAAAUAAGGAAAAAUAAGUUUAAAUGCAUGUGAAAUACAGACAACAGUAAGAGGGCCACAAGAAGCACAGACAAUUGAGUCACCAGCUUCAUUUUCAAGUGAAAAAUGAGUGGCCAGGAGGAAAGUGAGGAAGGGGAAAGGAAAGUUCCUGCUUCCUCCUGGAAAUCAGGAGGCUGCAGCACUUGCUGCAUCAAAUUUGUGGGGGAUGCAAUGUUUAUUUGAAGAGAGAAAAGAAGACUGAGCUGAGUGGCUGCUAUUGAUGACUGCCUUUAUUUUGGGUAUCCAACAAUUGCAUGGGGCUAGAGAGGAGUGAGGAGAAGGUGCAGGGCUGCUAGACUGCUUUUCUCUUUUCUGUUAGGGGUCAGUCAGCAUUACAAUUAGCUGUUAAAAGGGUAGAGGAAACAAGAUGAAGCCUUUAACUCUUUAGGGUGAAAAAAGAAAAAAAUUAAUCCAGGAAGAACUAGGAAAAUAAAGUUAACAUUCCUUUUUCAUCAACAAGAGAUUUAAGGGGGAAAAAGAAAAUUCUAAUGGUUGAGAGCAUUAAAACCAGGAAAAUACGUAUAUUUGCUAUGUAUUGUAAAAUUUAUGCAUUUUAAACAAGUGUUUACAACCAUUUGACUGCUAUUUUUUUUUUCAUUCCCUGUUGCAAACUACUUUUUAUGGUAGAGGGCAAUGCUCUAUAAACUGCACGCCCACCCAUGCAGUUGCUGGAUGAAGUGAAACACCAGUAAAUCAUGCUAUGCUUUGCAUUCAUAGGCUUUAAGUGGCAGGUUCUAGAGGUGAGGUGCAGACCACCUAGCAGAGCAGGCAGUCCUUGGAGGGGGAGCACAAGCUCCAUCCCAGCAGCAUUGCUGUGCUCAGUCUUGAAAUCAUUAAACAUGGGAGAACAGUGAAUGCACUGAAGGGAAUGUUUGCCUUUCUAUGUUUCUGUUCUGUUUUUAGGCUUCCAAUAUACUCUUUGGCUCCCUAGAAAAGGGUCUAGCUACCAAUAGGAGGACAUGGUUAGAGAGCUACACAAGUGAUCUUCAGACAGAUAAAAAGGAGCAAAUGCUUGGUCUAGCAGUCAUCAGGGAAGAGAUUAGAAAUAAGCUGCCUCUUUUAUAUUUGGUCUGAAAAUUGUACAAUUUUUCUAGCCUUUUAUGACUUUGUGAGGUGAUUGUCAGCUUCCAGGUGGCACAAAGUUAAAUUUUGUAAAAUAAUGGAAGUUAACUGAAUUGCUUUCUUUUUUUUCCAAAAUAUUAAACCUUUAUAAAUAUUCCCUUGAAUUCCUUAGUUGUACUUGAAAUGCUUUUGUUACUCUUGGCCUGUUUAUAACCUAAUCAUUGUACUUCAGAGAAUGAAGCACAAUGACCAAAACUUUGAA